AUGGACGGCAAGAAGCCAACCACUUCUACUGAUAACGGUUCGCUCUCAAGUUUGACUUUUAUCGAAGAAAAAAUAUUUUUCAGCUUUUUUGAAAGUUUUGAACACCUGUCGGAAAUAACUGACUCUAGUUUUAUUCCUAUCAUCAAAAAAUAAAUUUUGAUUAUAGUCAUAAAUUGUUUUCUCUUCCAAUCUCAAUUAAUGAGUUUCGUUUUGUUUCGUUAUGCUCAUAAUUAUUGUUAGAAAUUUAACCUAAUUCUUCUCAUUGCUAUCUGAUUUUCUGACCGUGUAUCCUCGAUUCACCACUGGAGCCAACAUUCAAAAAUCGAAUAAAUGCAACAGAUUCAAAGGGAUAGUGUUUGCAUGCCUAAGAUUGUCACAUUAUUGUGGAUUUUUCGUGUCUCUAGCUAUCGAUGAGUCAUAUAUAAAGACCUAUUAGCUCAGCUAUUAUUAACUUUAUUAACUAUUAAUUUUCACUAUUAUAACUAUUUACCUAUUAUGAAAAUGUUUUGUUAUAGCAUUUACCAAGCUUCAAACUUUGAGAAAACGAUAAACUGAACAAACUUAGGAAACUAAGAAUCUCUAUCCUUUUGAAAAAAAUGUCUCCAAUCUAUAUUUCACAGAUUCUCGUCGAGCAUCGAGCGAAGUUGAAGUGAGCAUCGUGGGAAGUCCGGAGAUCUUCGGCGAGACGAGUGUCCAUGAAGACGCGAGCUUGUCGGCGUUGGCGCUGGUGAUGAACACGUCGACGGGAGAGGCGCUGCUGCAGGAGAUGAGCUGCUGGCAGUGGGUCCAGAUCGACGACACCAAACUGCCCGCCGUGUUCCGCAACAACGAGCGCUACGUCGCCGUGCACAUGGUGCAGCUCAAGUGUCUCAGCAAGUUCACCACCGACAUUUCCAACGACGUUCUCUCGCGUCUCACAAUGAUCUCCCACAAGAUGACGCUCAGCGAGGCGUGGAUCUUCAACUCGAUCAACGCCCUCACCCGCAAGUACGACCUCGGCUGUCAGUUGUUGAGCGCUAACGACGAGCUCGUCAAGCUCAACGACGUCCAGAUCUUCUACUGGAACGUCAAGUCGCUCAACCUCAAGCGGAUCAUGCAACAGAUGGAGGAAUGCUUCUACAGCGUCGCUGCCAACCGUACUCUGGCCGCAAUCGUCAUGAAGCUCAAGCAACAAGUUCAGAAUGAUCUCGAGGUGAGUGGAAAAACCUUUUUCGAGUUUUUUUAUUCUACUUUUCUCACUGUUAGCUUGGAAAAAACGCUAUAAAAGAUUGGUAGAACCACGUUUGGCCCUCUUAUCGGUAGACCUUGCCUCAAGUCAGCGACGAAUAAACCAUACGUGUUCGACAAGUGAUCUCAUGCUUACAGCACGUCUAUGCCGAACUCGCACGACUCGGAGCUCCGUGCCUACUGGAUUGA